AGAAAAUUCUUAUCCACAAAGACAACAUCACAAGGCGUAGGCUACGUUCACAGUCACAGCUCACAUAGGUGUCUCUCAUGGCAACGUCAUUCUCUUCGACAAAUCCGGUCCGGUCCAUCUUCCGACCACAUCAAAACCCUACCAAACCCCUUUUCCCCCUUCGUGAGUCCUUUCAUGGAGGGUCCAAUUACGUGAAACGCUCAUGGACCUCUGCUUCAAGCUAUGUCACUCUAAAGCUCCCUCGUGCCUUCACAGUUUCUGGCAGACCCCUCCUUUCCAAAGGGUUGUUGCAUAGGAGAAUGGGAAUUGUGAGGGCUGCUACUAUUGAAGAAAUAGAAGCUGAAAAGGCUGCUGUUGAGAAAGAUGUUAAAGACAGGAUGGAAAAGACUAUUGAAAAUGUUCGGUCAAAUUUCAAUUCCAUAAGGACAGGGAGAGCAAGCCCAGCUAUGCUUGACAAAAUUGAGGUGGAAUACUAUGGAAGUCCAGUUAGCUUGAAGAGCAUUGCUCAAAUUAGCACUCCUGAUGCCGGUUCUCUUUUGGUACAGCCAUAUGACAAAUCAAGCUUGAAGGCUAUAGAGAAAGCCAUAGUUAGCUCUGAUCUUGGUAUGACUCCGAAUAAUGAUGGAGAAUUGAUACGAUUGAGCAUCCCUCAGUUGACAUCUGAUAGGAGGAAGGAACUGACGAAGGUAGUGGCUAAACAAGCUGAAGAAGGGAAGGUGGCUUUGAGGAAUAUAAGAAGAGAUGCAUUAAAAGCUUAUGAAAAGCUCGAGAAGGAGAAAAAGCUUUCAGAAGAUAAUGUGAAGGAUUUGUCAAGUGAUUUGCAGCUGACUGAUGAGUAUAUGAAGAAGGUUGAUACCAUCCAAAAACAGAAAGAAAAGGAGUUGCUGACAGUUUGAUGCUUUGAUACAAAAGCAAACGUUUCAAGUUGUUUCUAAAGAAGUUCAAAUUUUGUGUCUACUUUGCUCUGAUUAGUAUAAAUUGAUGCAUAUAAACAUGUUAAACAGAAGACAACUUUUGAAUUAAAUAGAUUCUUUUUCAAAAUGAAAAGGUGAGUUCACGUCUAUAAAUUGGAUUUCUUUUACAUAUUGCAUCAUUGAAAUUAGACCUCAAGUUUGUGAAAUAUCUGGCUCCUUAUAAUUUUUUUGGAGUGUGGGAAAUCCAUUUGUAGAUAUUGUAACCACAAUUUUGUUAGUUUAUGUAGCUCAUGACUCUUG